AUGAUCGGUUUCUUGCCGGAAAACAUUUGCCGGUUGCCUCUCGACAGCCUCAACGGCUUUGCACAGCUCAUUGCCACCCCUGUCCCCGGCGAAGAGCAAUCGCCACAACUUCUCGAGCACUCGUCGUUCAAAUCCUCCCACAACACAUCCAUUUUCUCCUCUUCAUCUUCUGGAAAAUUAGUUUUAACUCUGCCGGGCUUUCAUAAGCUGCGGUGGGCCGCCACAGAGGCGGCGACUCGCCGCCACCGGCAGCCGCUGGAAAAGGACACCGGAUUCCGGCAGCCAUUCUUGUCCCCCGAUAAGCCCACCAACCGUAAACUUCUCCGCUUCACUCUCGCCGAGCUCAACCUUCACCCCAGCCCACUUAACCCUCCCACUCGUAUUCGCUCCCGGGCCCGAAUUACCAUAUUCUCCAUAGAAAACCGUGUUCGGGCCGGGCCGGGUCGAAUCCCAUGCCAGCCAUCCUUCCGAGUCGACCGACCCGUCUAUAUACGUCUGCAUGAAAACGACCGUCGAGUAAUCCCUCCACGGCCUCCCCAAAAAUGCGUGGGCCCCACCAAGACCUUUUUCCCCGGCGGCUCGGAUCGUGCAGUUGUGCACCGAAAAGCCCGUGUUUUCGUUCGGGUCGGAUUUUCCUUGGGCCGUUAUUACGUUUGUUCGUCCGGGGGAAGGGUUCUUGAGGAGUAUGAGGCUCGUUUGGAUGACGGUAGCCGAGUUUCCGAAUAUGAAGUCCAUUGUCCCGAUUAUGGUGCAUUCGCGGUAGAAUUGUCGUUUGGAGUGCACGUAGAGUGUGUCUUGUUUGCUCUCGACGAGGCAUUGGAAGAAGACCGAUUUGUCAGAGGUCGAGAGUAA